AACAAUACAUGAUUGAUUAUCGCUUUACAUGUACUUCGUCGACAGCAAAUUUUCUAAAAAAUUACUCAUCAAUAUCUCCUUAGAAAGAGUGUUAUUUUGUUCUUAGAAUAUUAACGUGACUGCAUAUAAUUUUCUGGAAGGAAUCAUUCGAAGAAAGUGUUAAUAUGUGCUGUGGAUUAGGCGCUUUGGCGUGUUGCUUUGGUUCAGCAGCCUGCUCCUGUUGCUGUGCUGCCUGCCCAUCAUGCAAGAACUCAACAUCCACCAGGAUCGUCUACGGCCUCUUCUUGCUGGUUGGAGCCGUGGUCUCGGCCGUAUUCCUCUUGCCGCAGGUCGAUAAGGCUCUGUCCAAUUCACCAUUACUAUGCCAGGACGUGGCCAUCAUUGGACAGCUAAUUCCAUCUCAGGUCUGUGAAAGGCUGGCUGGCUAUCGUUCCGUCUAUCGAGUCAGCUUUGGUGUCGCUGCUUUCUUCUUUCUCCUCUCUAUCAUCAUGAUCAAUGUGAAGAGUAGCAAAGAUAUGCGAGCUCCAAUCCAAAAUGGGUUCUGGUUUUUCAAGUUCCUCGUCAUGUGCGGUCUGUGCGUGGCAGCAUUUUUCAUCCCCAACGGAUCCUUUGAGAAUGUGUUCAUGUAUUUUGGAAUGAUUGGAGCGUUCUCCUUCAUCGUCAUCCAGCUGGUUCUUCUGGUCGACUUUGCCCAUUCUUGGAAUGAGAGCUGGGUUGGUCGCAUGGAGGAUUCUGAGCACAAGGGCUGGUACUGUGCUCUGAUGUCAUCUACUAUUAUCAUGUAUCUGGUUGCUCUGACGGGAUUCAUUCUCUUCUACAUCUUCUACAUCGGAACUGGGAAUCAAUGCUCCCUUCACAAGUUCUUCAUCAGUUUCAACCUGAUCCUGUGUGUUGUCAUGUCUGUUGUGUCCAUUCUACCCAAGGUCCAGGAAGCCAUGCCACGAUCUGGCCUUCUCCAGUCAGCUGUGAUUUCCAUGUACACCAUGUACCUGACCUGGUCAUCUAUGAGCAACAACCCUGAUAUGACUUGCAACCCAAGCAUCACCACCAUCAUCCAUGGAACAGGUAAUAGUACUGUUCACAACGAAGAUGUCGGCAGUGCAGAGAACUGGGCCAGCUUUGCCAUCUGGCUCAUUUGCCUCAUCUAUGCCUGCAUCCGGACUGCAAGCACCAACAAUGUUGGAAAGCUGACUGGCAGUGAGUUUGGAGAUGAUGGUCUACAAUAUGGAACUAAUGAGAAAACUCUGCUUGGGUCUACAAAUGCAAGUGCUGGUGACACCAAACCCGCUGAUGGAGACGCAGAGAAGUGGGGCCAGGAGGUGUAUGAUAACGAAGACGACGGCGUGGCCUACAGCUACACCUUCUUCCACAUCAUGCUCAUGCUCGCUGCAUUCUACAUGAUGAUGACCCUCACCAGCUGGUUCCAGCCAUCGGGAGCCAACUUUGAUUCCCUGGCUGCUAACAGCGGUGCCAUGUGGGUCAAGAUAUCAUCCAGCUGGGUGUGUGUCGCCCUCUAUCUCUGGACCUUGGUCGCUCCCAUCAUUCUCAGUGACAGAGACUUCAGCUAGAUAUCUUGUUGAAUGAUGAGGUUUGCAGGAUGGCAAUUCAAAAUUCAAAGAGUGUGGUGAAACUAACAGCAUCCAUUUUGAAUUUGCUGAUAAGGAUCGCAGUCUAUAUGAUACACAGAUAAAUACAUUUGUGUUGUUUGAGAAGUUUCUCUGCUAUUUGACUAGAUAAUACGAGAUCAUGUGUACAUUUACAUGUAUAUCUAUAAUUUUAAAAAAAUGCAAGUUUACAAUGGAAAAGAAAACAAAAAGAUUUAGUAGUAAAUGAUCUCAAACAAGUAAUUUUGUAAUGCAGAUUAAUAUAAAGAUAAAUAUGCCGCUAGGCUGAAGAUAAUAUCUUGUGUGGUUUGGUGGAACGAUUAAAAAAAAAGAAAUGAGAAAACCUUUGUAAAUAAAUAAGAAAUAUUAUGUGUGUAUUGGUACAUGUAUUAUUUGAUUACAUUAAUAACUGGUAUUAAAUAUUUUCUAAAGUCCAAGUAUGACUUUAGUUUAGGAAUUUUAUUAUAUAUAUAUUUGUGUCAUGUAUCCCUAUCAAAAUAUUUUUUUCUUAAAAAAACGUAUGAGAUCAUACAAUAUGUGGUAAUGUUCUGAGUUUUAUAGAUUUUCCAGCAUACCCCCCCCCCCUUCCAUUUAAUUGUGAAAAUUAUGAUCAGUUGUUUGGUUGACUUGUUUUCUUCUCAGAACAUUAUUAUAUUUUUCAUAUUUACAUUCACUAUUGAAAUGGAAGUAAAUGAAUCUAAAAUUAUGCAUCAGUUGCAGAUAUAUCCGGUGAGUAGCAUGCUUGUACAUGUUUAAAUGUAAUAGAUGUUUCAAGCAGUGUUUGCUAUGGAUAAUUUUUCAACUUGAAUGAAAAACUUACAGAAAUGCAAUUGUAGUAUAAAUGAGGAGGGUGGGGGGGGAGAAGAGAAGAAUUAUAGAAGGGAUAAGAAGAGGGAGAAGAAACAAAGAAAAAAUGAGAGAAAGGAAGGGGGAAAGAGAAAAAAAAUAUCCUCUCGGUUAUAUUUAUUUCUUAUUAUGCUCAUGGGAUGAAUCAGCAAAAACAAAGAGAAAUAUAGUAUUUUGUAAAGACACACAAAAAAAUGAAAAAUAAAAAUGUUGCAGUGAUUUUUUUCAAGGGCAGAGUUGUAAUUGUAAAUAUUCACAUUAGCACUGUCUAUAUUUGUAUAAGCUUUAUUCCAAUUAAUGAUGUGAUUUUUUUUAUCAGUUAUUUAGCCUAUAAAUGUAAUGUUGGUAUGUUAUAAAAUUUACAAUCUUUUAACCAAUGAAACAUGUAUAUGUAGGUUUGUAGAUAUUGUACUUUAGUUACAUGUAUGUAUGGCUUCUAAAUCAUUUGAAAAAUAGGUAAUCGUCAACUCAAAAGGUCACCCACUAUAAUCACUUCAUAAACCCUGCUGGGAACAUGCUUAAAUUAACAAUGGGGGGGGGGAGAUAGUGGUGGUGACCUUUCCUAACCUCCUUGUCAAUUCAUUUGGUACCAUGUUGAAGAAGAUUAAUUGAGGAUUUGUCUAUUUUUUUAUAUGAUUAUGAUAGAAGGCAGUGGUCUUCAAAGUAUUUAAUCAGAUUUUAGUAAAGUUGAAAUGAAAAAAGAGAAAAUAAUGGGUACACAUUUAUAAUGCAUUUCUUAGAUAUCAUUAAACGUUGUAUGAGAUUAAAUUUGAAGGAAUCUUUCAAAUUCUGAAUCUGAAGGAAAAUCAAGCUUUUGCUAUUUCUCAUUCAAAAGAAAAAAGAAGUUACAUUAGGGUCCUGCAAUUUAUGACUGAACAUUUUUCUGAGGUUUGCUUAUUAUACAUACAUACUUCAAAAAUCUAUUUGCCAUUGUAUUAUUGAAGUACCUGUACAUGUAGAUGCCAUGUUCUUCUGAGGAUUUGCAAGGCUGCCAAGUGUAACCAGAGCCAUUUAUGAUUUAACCGUUUUAGAGGCUCCACAAAGUAUAAUAUGCACUUCAUAUCCAUUUGAAAUGGGUGUAUUAUAACAUUGUGGUGGGUGUUUGACCAUCAUUCAAAUUCAAACAAAUGUACAUGUAUUACAUGUUUAAAUGAAUUUCUUGAUGUUGUGUUGGUGUAUCGAUAUUCCUAUGUGAAUUUGUGAUGACAUUGUGGAUAUGCAGUUGGCAUGCUUUAAUUAGCCUCUUAAAAAUCAUAGAAGAAAAAAUGAUUAAUAUUUGGAAAAAAUAUUGUUUUUAUUGUAUUGGUAGGAGUAAAACACAAAAAAGAAAUCUUCAUUUUUUUCUUUCUCUUUGUCAAAGUUACGUCAAUGAAAUUGAAUCCAGAUAAACCAAUCAAUGGUAUGUCAUUCAAAGUAUGAAAAUAAUUGCUAUGAUUGGUUUAGUCCCAUUUCUUUGAUGUUACUGUUACCUGUACACAAUUCUUUCCUUUUCUUGAACCUUCACUCUAUCUUUUUCCUCUUCUUUUCCCAAACUCUCCUUACUUUGAUGACAUCUAAACACUUCAAUAAUUUGUAAUGGCCAGUUUGAUGGGUAAAAGCUAAUCACACAUACAUGUAUGCUCAUUAUAUUUGAAAAUUGCAAUAUUUAACUUGGGUGUAUUUAGUUGAAAAAUAAAAGCUCUUAUUAAAUUAAUGUA